AUUGUGGUUGUUCAUGACCUGGAAGGACCAGAGUUCGCCUGCGAGGAAGGGAGCGGAGAACUGAUGGCCUGGUUCGAGGAUGUUCUCAUAGCAGAUUACCCCGAAGCCCACAUUCUCAGCUUUUGCCCAAUACCAGGUGCUUUUUCUGAAACUCUACUCACAGGUCGUGGUUUUCAGACCCAGGCUUGGGAGCUGCUGAGCUCAAUCCAGCAGCAAAGAGAGGAUGAUCAUGUCACACAUGAUCUCCUAUAUUCUGAUACAACCUACCAGUCAUGGAGAAAUAAUGGUAACGCUGGAGUAUUCUAUGUAUACGGGGGUGGGAAGAUGGAAACUGCGCAGUUCACAAAAAUAUCGGCAGAAGAGACGAUGGUGACAGCUUACUUAUCUUUUGAAGAUGUCCCAUGUUUUGAGAGAACACUGUCGACCGUCAUAAGAGUGCUAAUCUAUAGGUUCCUGGUCACUGUUGCCCCCGCCUUCGAUAUCAUUCGACCCGUUCUACGCUCUUUCGGUCAAAUACCAAACUACACUGUUGAAGAGUUAUGGGUACUUCUUGGAUCAUUAUUGUCAUGUCCUGAAGUCCAAUCCAUCUAUUAUAUAAUUGAUGGAGUUGAUUUGUGCAAUGACAGCAUAACAGAUCAGUUAGAUGCACUGGUGGAGAUGGCCCAUGCCCGAAGUAUAUGCUGCAAAGUGCUUGCCACAAGCCGAACACUCAGCAAUGCAGCAUCCGGGAAAACGCCUGCAUUGAAUCUGAAUUCACUAUUAUUACAGCACGAAAACUUAAAGGAUCUCGUUCGGCGUACAAUGCGGCAGUUAUUGACGCAAACACGCAGUCUUACGGACCUUGAGCAGGUAAUUGUCAAUGAGCUUCAGGGAUCUGCAUCCCCUUCAGACAUCAACAUUCGACUGCAAGCCUUAUUACACUUCGCCAGGCCACUAAGUGUCUGCUCGAUAGAGGGGAGCCUCCAAAUUUUGCAGAAACCGCUGUCAGAGCUAUAUGCACGGAUGCUGGGCCCGCUGAAUGCUUUAAGGCCAUGGCUAGCUAUUGCUGUCUUGAUUCCCGACAGUCUGGAAGAGCAGGAGUUGCUUCGCCAACUACCUCUUGAUCUUGAGGGCGACUUGGCCCGUGCCUUGGGACCGCUCAUUGAAAUUCGCAACGGCCAACCUAUGUUUGCGAGCGAAUCCGUCAGAGAAUAUAUCCGAAGGGAGGGCACAGCAAAGUUGAAGUUGGGUACUGGUGCUCAAGCUUGCGAUCUGUUAUCGCAUGUUGAUUUGACGCGUCAUUGUCUCACAUAUCUGAAACGCUCUUUGGUGACUCAAGCGAGUCCAACCGACGAAUGUUAUAGUUUCUUGGGACAGAGCGGAAUGGAGUUCAGCGAGUACGCGGCACGAUACUGGCCUUAUCAUUACCGCGCAGAAGAAAAUAGAGAUGCUCUUACUUAUGACAUCAUAGAUUUCUUCUUACAUGACAACUGCGGAAAACGUUGGGCGGAGUGGUGGCGGAAUGUGCACUGUUUCGACAGCACAGACUCCAUUGAAUCCACCCCUCUUGCUCUUGCUGCGGAACAUGGCCUAUGCGAGGUCGUUUCUAAACUGAUAUAUCCCACCGAGGGCAAGUCUAUUUCUUCACAGGAAAUGACUGAAGCCUUAGAGGUAGCAUUACAAUUCGGUCACCUGGACGUGGCCCGCCAGUUGCUGCUCGACACGACCCCUUCGAAUAAAUCACUUACUCUUGCUAGUAGAACAGGGGCCACAGAGCUUGUCAUUGAUAUACUCACCAAGCUCGAUGUUCCAGAAUCUGUCUGUCUUAAGUCACUUCAAGUAGCAGUCAUACGUGGGCAUCUUGAAACAAUUGAUAUCUUGCUGCAGCUGCUUCCAGAUUUGUCAUCGGCUCUCCAAGAUAAUACAUAUCUGUACCUCGACACUAUUUAUUCGGGGCAGUUUCAAGUUUUGAAACACCUACUCAAUGUUGGAGGCGCACGAUUGCCAGGGGAAGUUGGGUCAAGUUUGCUUCGCUUGGCUGCCCAAAGAGGCGACAUCGAUGUCAUUCGCUUGCUUCUG